UGAAAUUAUACGAGCCAAUACGGGAGUUGGAACAUGAUGAGUUCCUCAACAUUCUUUUCACCGGCGAUGAAGAAUCCGAGCUGCCAACGAAUAAUCACACCACCGGCUUUUGGGGAUGCAUUUGAUGUUCGUUUGAGGAGGCAUAUUACUUUUGCUAAACGUGUGGAUAAACCAUUUAGUUUAAUCUACUCUGAUAAGUACAAAGGCCCUAACUCAGUUUGUGAAAGUACCCCCAGCAAACUUUCAACUUAUAGAAUACUUGAACCCGGAAUGAUUCUUCUCGAGAAAUACGUCAGCAUCAAGGACCAGAUUGAUAUAAUAUAUGAAUGUGAAAAGUGGGCGAAAAGUGGGUUUUUCAAUCAUUGUGAUCACCAAAAUGGAGCAAAAUGUGAAGUAAUGAAUAUGUGUUUUGGUCGAAAUUGGGACCCCAACACAGGGUAUAAGGAACGUUAUAGAAGUGAUGGUUCCGAACCACCACAGAUUCCAUAUGAACUUGUUUCGUUGGUUAAAGCCGCAGUUCAAGAUGCCCAAGCCAUUCUAAAUGAUCUUCCUUCAAUGCACCCGGAUAUUUGUUAAGUCAAUUACUAUCCAGCCAAUGGUUUCCUUCACCUUCAUCAGGACCAUGAUGAGAGCUCUGAUAGUCUGAGACGAGGGUUGCCUGUGGUUUCCAUCUCUAUUGGCGAGUUUGCAACAUUUCUGUAUGGCGAUACUAGAAUUAAAAAGAAGUUAAAAAGGAUUUUUUUGUAUUCUGGUGAUGUAUUGAUAUUUGGUGGCAAGUCUAGACUUAUUUAUCAUGGGGUUAAGCAAAUCUCUCAAUACAGGUCUCCGGUGCCAUUAGUAACAGAAUUCGGUCUUAGAAAUGACCGUCUAUCCCUUACUUUCAGACAGUUUUAAUCAUGCUCUGUCUUUCUAGAAUUGCGUUGUUUAGGAUUUUUUUUUUCUCUCUUCUCCUUGGGAUUAUGUUAUUAAUCUUUAUUUGAGUUUCGUAAUGUAAUUUCGUUGAUUAGAAUUUCUGGUUU